AUGGAUCAUCAGAAAACUCUCUCCCCUCAUGUACUUAUGUUCCCCCUGCCACUACAAGGCCCUGUUAACUCCAUGCUCAAACUGGCCGAGCUACUUUGCCUUGCUGAUUUCCAUGUCACCUUCCUCAACACCAACCACAUCCAGAACCGUCUUUCCCGAUACACCGACAUCGAAUCCCGUUUCUCUGGCUACCCUAAAUUCCGUUUUGAAACUGUUUCCGAUGGCUUGUCUGACGACAGCCCGCGUUCCGCUGACCGGUUCAUAGAGAUGUUCCUUUCUAUGGAGGCUGUAACAUUUCCACUUGUCACAGAGAUGGUAGCUUCUGGCCCCUUGAGUUGUAACUCUGAGCGGCCAGUGACAUGCAUUAUAGCAGAUGGAAUCUUGAGUUUUGCUGUUGAUGUUGGUAUAGAGGUUGGAAUUCCAAUCAUAUAUUUCGAGACAAUAAGUCCUUGUGCCCUGUGGACUUAUUUGUGUAUUCCUAAACUCACUGAAACAGGCCAGUUUCCAUUUAAAGGAGACGAUUUGGACGCAAAGCUAACAUGUGUCCCGGGCAUGGAAGGCUUCCUCCGGCAACGAGAUCUUCCGAGCUUCUGCCGAGCCAGUGAGCUAAUUGACUCAACUAUCCAACUCCAACUAGUUCUGAAGCAGGUCCAAAAAUUCCCAAAAGCCCAAGGGCUCAUACUUAACACAUUUGAAGAGCUAGAAGGACAUCUACUAUCUCACAUAAGUACUGUCUGCCCAAAUCUCUACGCCAUUGGUCCCAUCCACGCCCACCUAAAGGCUAGACUCAGUCUCAGCCCAAAACUGAAGCCAAAGCAUUCCUUGUCCAACAGUUUAUGGGAAGAAGACAAGAGUUGCAUGGCUUGGCUCGAUGCACAACCAAAGAAGUCUGUGAUCUAUUUUAGCGUUGGUAGUAAUACUGUGAUAACCAGAGACCAGCUCAUGGAGUUUUGGCAUGGUUUGGUAAACAGUGGCAAGAGGUUUCUGUGGGUCAGACGACCGGAGUCCGUCUCCGGCGGAGAGUCUAUGAAGGGUCAGAUUCCGGCAGAGCUCUUGGAGGGCACAAAGGAGAGGGGGUGUAUUGUUGGGUGGGCUCCACAAGAAGAGGUUUUGGGUCACCCUGCAAUUGGAGGGUUUUUGACUCACAAUGGAUGGAACUCAACUCUAGAGAGUAUAACUGAGGGAGUGCCAAUGAUUGGCUGGCCUCACUUUGUUGACCAACAGGUGAAUAGUAGAUUUGUGGGGGAGGUUUGGAAGGUUGGAUUGGACAUGAAAGACACAUGUGAUAGAGUCAUCAUUGAGAAGAUGGUGAGAGAACUCAUGGAUGAGAGGAAAGGUGAGUUCGAGGAGAGCGCCAAACACUUGUCAAAAUUGGCAAGAGAGAGUGUCGGUGAAGGUGGGUCUUCAUACUGUAAUUUGGAACGUCUGAUUGAGGACAUAGGAUCAUGGAGCUUGCACACAUUGAAGUCAUAG